AUGAGCUCAGCCAGUUCAACUUCAUCGGGGUAUGUUCCUCCCUUCUCACCAUCCUCUUCGUUCAUGAAGAAGACCAAUGCUAUGGAUGGAAGAACGAAACGAGUUGAUGAUGUGAUGGUCAAUAUGGAAGAUCACAUUGCACUCCUCCAUGCUGAAAUUAUGCAAAUAAGAGAUGAUUUACGAUUGCAUCGAAUGAUGGCUAAAAAGUAUGGAGAGGAAGGUUUUGGUGAAGGUGAACAACGAUUACUCCAAUUAAAACAAAUGAAGAAGGAGGCCCUUAAUAGAGUUAAGGGUCAGAUGGGAAAGCUUGAUAGAACCAUCAAGGCUGGAAAGAGAAUUAAUAAGGAAUUUAAUGCAGUGGCUGCACUUGAGGAAAGAUUAAAGGAAGCUAAGGAAAAACAAAGGAAGAGAAGAAAGGACAGAAAGAUGAGUGAGGAAACACGAAGAAUAGAAAAGGGAGAAAAUGUCGAUCUAGGAAUUUACUCGGAAGGUGACAGUGGAAGUGGAUCAUCGUCCAAUGAUACGGAUGCCUCAUUCUACAAGGAUGAAGAGAAGAAACAAAAGGUUGUUUUCAAGCAAAAUUACACUGGAGACCUGAUGGAAAGUCAUGUGGAUUCAAAUCCAACGACGUCUUUGAUAGGUUCAUUCAGAGGACCAAGAUCAAAGAUUCUACUCAACAAGGAAGCACCCAAGUUCAAAGGUUACUUCAAUUUGGCACAUUUGGAUGAUGACGAUCAUCCUCACUCCUCCAUGGUUCUCAUUUAA